AUGAUAAAUUUUUCAAAAUCAGCUGCAUUUAUUGCAGGAAACAUUACACAGGAGAGGAAAAACUACAUUACAACUAAAUUAGGUGUUAAACAAUUAUGUUCCUCUGAUAAGUAUCUUGGUUUACCAAUCCUGAUGGGUAAAUCUAAAGCUACUUCUUUUGGGAAUCUAUCUGAAACCUUUGCAACGAGAUUACGAGGAUGGAGUUCCAAAACAUUGAAUCAAACAGCAAGAACCAGUCUUGUAAAAUCUGUGCUGAACACCAUUCCAUCUCAUUACAUUGGUAACUUUAAAUUACCAAAAAAUAUCAUCAAAAAAUUGAACUCUAUUCAGAGAACAUUCUGGUGGGGCCAUAAAUCUAAUAAAGGGCUUUAUCUUCUAGCUUGGGACUCUCUUAACGCUUCAAAGCAAGAAGGUGGAUUAGCUUUUCGCAAUCUGGAUCAAUUUAAUAAUGCACUAAUUGCUAAGCUAGCAUGGAGGUUAUGUAUAGAAUCAGAUAAACUCUGGGUCCAGGUCUUAAAACCCAAAUACGCUCCUCACUAUCUUAUGCUUGCUACUCCAAGAAGAUGGAAUGCUUCUCUUGUUAGGAAGGUCUUUGAUACGCAUGUAGAUAAUUUAAUCCUUAACAUGUAUAUUCCUCAGCAUGGAGAAGACACUCUUAUAUGGGAACCAAAUAGAGAAGGUACCUUCACUGUCAAGUCAGCAUAUAGAGCUUUAACUUCCAUGAUAAGUCCCACAACUCAGAACUCAAAUAAAGUUCCUAAGUUGGUUUGGAAAAAACUGUGGAGCAUGAAUGCACCACAUAAAAUUAAACUUUCCAUUUGGAAAUAUCUCAAAGGAAUUGUUCCAACUUUGGUGAAGAUAAGUCAUUAUAAACCAAACAUUGAUACUAUGUGCCCUCACUGCAAGGUGGAUAAUGAAACCAUUGAACAUUUGCUAAUUACUUGUCCAUAUUCACCUUCAGUCUGGCUUGAUAUGAAUAUAAAUGUUUCUAACAUACAACAUCAUAACACAUCAGUCACUGAUUGGAUAACAAGUUGGUUUUCCAAUGUUCAAAAUAUGGAUGCUGAAGAACAGAAUACUUGGAUUAUGUCUCUGAUGAUCACUGCUUCGCAAAUAUGGAGAAACAGAUGUAACAACAAAGGCAUCAGAGGCAAGUACUUCAAUGGAGGAAUAAAUGCAGAACAAGCUGAGUGCUUAGCCAUAAAAGAGGCACUAAACUGGGCUAGCAACUUUCAUCUUCAUCCUAUUUUCCUUGAGUCAGACUGUCAAAAUGUUGUUCUCUUUAUAAAUGAUGUUGUCCCGCAUGUACAUUGGGUUAAUCAGGGUCUUGUAAAUGAAAUAAAGCAUCAGCUAUCUGCCAGGCCGGAAAUUACUUUAGUUUAUGUGCAUAGAUCAGGCAACCACGUGGCUCAUACAAUAACUAAUAGAGCUAGAUUUUAA